AUGGCUUCCAAAAACACAGUUUUCCGUUUAAACAGCAGACAGGGCAUUGUCGAUCUUGCCAAGGCCGAAGAGGACAUUCCCAAGGCCGCAGCAUAUGAAGUUCUCAUCAAAAUUCACAGCGUUGCACUGAACUACCGAGAUGUAGCCAUUGCGACUUCCCACUAUCCGUUCCCUGUGAAAGACAAUUUGAUUCCACUCUCGGAUGCUGCUGGAGAAAUUGUUGAAAUCGGGACCAAUGUACAAGGGUUUACAGUCGGCGACUGGGUCAUUGCAAAUUUCAACUCCGCCAACUUAUACGGGCCGAUGAAAGACUGGACUGGCGGCUUAGGAGGUCCAGUGGACGGUGUUCUUCGGAACUAUCUGUCCAUCAAUGCCAACACUGUCAUUAAAGUUCCCAAAGAGUCCUCCUUGAAGGCUUCCCAGUGGGCUUCACUUGUCUGCACUGGCACCACUGCUUGGAACGCACUUUAUGGAAAUGUCCCUUUGAAGCCGGGUCAAACUGUAUUAUUCCAAGGCACGGGUGGUGUUUCCAUCACUGGACUAGUCUUGGCUAAGGCAGCAGGAGCAAAGACAAUCAUAACCUCAUCUAGCGAUGAAAAGCUAGCCUAUGUGAAGAAGAAGUUUGGCGCUGACCAUACAAUCAACUACAAGACUCAUCCUGAAUGGGCCAAAGAAGUGCAGAAAAUUACCCAAGGAAACGGGGUCGAUUAUAUUUUUGAAAACGGCGGAUCCGGGACUAUUCAGCAAAGUGUUGAGUCUAUUGCAUUUGGGGGCGUGAUUGCCAUCAUAGGCUUCUUAUCCUCCGCUAAACAGGAAGAGAUGCCGAAUGUUGCUGGCCUUGCCCUCUCCAAAGGAUGCGUCAUCCGUGGAAUCAACGUCGGAUCGAAACAGUUGCUUGAGGAAUGCGUGCGUUUUGUUGGUUCCCACAACUUGGACAUUCCAGUGGAAAAGACAUUUCCAUUUACAGAGGAGGGUGUGAAGGCUGCGUACAAGUACUUAUCCGAAGGUCAACAUGUUGGAAAGGUUUGCAUCGACCUAGAAUAG